GUGUCAAUCUCCGUCAGCACACCACUCAGCCGACGAACUUCCAGCGCAGCGUGGCAGUGUGUCGCAAUGCGUUGGCCGAGCUCGGCAUCUCCGACUGUGGUCGCAUCACGGCGACGCGCACUGUCCAGAAGGCGGUAUUGAUUUUUUUGUCAUGCAGAUAGUCGUUUUAUUCUUGUCGUCAUGCGCUCGAAGCACACCAAUUUUCAUAUUCAUACUUUUAAAAACGCAGGUAACCUUCAUUGCGUGGGACAUCGUCGAGAAUGAGAACCGCGUGCACUGGCGCAAGAUUUUCGACCAGAAUGGUAUGGGCAUGGUCAAGUUUCCGGACGUCUGGGUGGGCAACGAGGUCGACACGUUGAUCACCGCGGUGGCCGCCAAGAUCGACGCCGUCGUCGAUAGCGGCAAGAAGCGUGU